ACCUUGCCGAGUGUGACUCGUGUUUUGUUUGCCGCAGCAGCGUUUCCUCAGUUCCCUCAAGUCCCAGCAGUGCUACAAGCCUGCGCCCCUCCGUGGGUUGUGACUGUGUUCUCAAGGAUUAACCCCUCAGCAUCUCCGUGUCUGCAACCUGUUGUCUGUCAUGUGUGUUCCUGGCUGUCUCUGUCGGCAAUAAACUCUGUUACCAGCAUUUCUAUCUCGAAGUCUGUUCGUUCCGUGACAGAAUACCAGACCAAAAGAGACAGAUGGAUUCAGCCAGCUCUGCCGACGCAUCCGGCUCACGGGUUGGAGCGGCGAUAAGACUACCAUCGUUCUCCGGAUCCACAGCCACAGCCCCCUCUCCCUUCUCCUUUUCCGAUGCCCGUGAGGACUGCUGGACAUUUCUCCUCGAUUGUGCCAUCGCCCUGUCGAGGCUGAAGUAUCAGUACCCCACCGAGCGGUCACGAGUGGCCUACGUCGUCCUCCAGGGACAGGCGCUACUAUGGGCAGCAGCUGUGUGGGAGGGCCCAGAGACUGAGGCACUCCACACGUUCUCGGCACAUCUGAUGGCGAAGUUUGGCCGUCCUGUAAGGGACCCAGUGAUCCAGGCGAACCGCCUCGGACUCCACCAGCAGGUCCUGGAGGAGCUCCGUCGCAGCCUCGCCACCGCAGAUCCGCCUCCUACUGUAUCCGCUGCUCCCACACCUACCUCGCUGAGGGUGACCACCCCAGCUCUCACGCAUCCUCCGCCCAGGACCCAUGAGUUCUGGAUCCAGCCGGAAAUAGUCGGUGUGGGUGAUCAAGCCAUCCGUGAAGAUCUCCUGUACGCCUACUAUGACUCUGAGGAGGAGGAUAUCAGUGAGUGGAUUGAUGGGGACUUUAUCUUGGGGGAUCGGUUCUUUGCGAGAUCAGCCUACGAAGUGAUGGACCCAACUCCCGCUUCUGCUCUGAAGACAACGGCCGCGGCCUCCACUGUUCCCACAGCAACCGCAGUGGCUAGUGAGGCUCCAGUAGCGCCUACGUCUUCAUUUCCAGCCUCUCCUAUGCCAGUGCCAGCAUCUUGCCGGAGGUCGGUUCCAGCACCCCGGCUUACCCCAGCUCCAGAGCCUGCACCUUGCCGGGCUCGACGUCAAGCACCCCGGUUUCCUCCAGGACCAAGGCCUGCCCCUCGCCAGGCUCCUGCUGCAGCAGCUGUGUUGGCAACUCCUGUUGCCACAACCACGGGCCUCACUCCUGCUCCAGGCUGGGCAUCUGCCUCUGCCCCAGUUGAGCCCGCUGCUGCCUCUGCGGAACUCGCCGCGGCCUCAACCUCUGCUGAGCCCACAGCUGCCUCUGCGGUUCCCACGGCAGCCGUGGUGGCCAGUGUUGCUCCAGCACCGCCUAUGUCUUCCCCUCUAGCACCUCCUGCACCUCCCACACCAGUGUCAGUGCCAGCACUUCACCGAGCGCCUGCUGCUGCCUCUGCUGAGCCCGCAGCUGCCUCGGCUGAGCCCGCAGCUGCCCCGGCGGAACCUGCAGCAGCCCCUGCGAAGCCCGCGGCUGCCUCGGCUGCUGCUGAGCCUGCAGCUGUAUCUGCCUCUGCAGAGCCCACAGUUGCCUCAGCCUUGGCUGAGCGCACAGCGGCCUCUGCCCCCGUGGAGCCCGCCAGGGCAGCCGCAUCUGCUGAGCCCGCAGAGGUUCCUGCCGAGCCUGCCAGAGCCUCUACCUCCAUGGGGCCUGCUGCAUCCGCCGCUUCUGAGCACGCAGCCAUCCUUGCCUCUGCUGAACCUGCAGCAAUCGCUGCCUUAGGGGAGAACGCAGCGCCACCUGUCGUUGUCCCGGACAGCGCGGCUACCGCUGUCUCCGUCCCAGAUCACGCAGCCUUCCCCGCUGCCACCGUCAACUCUGCAACCGCCGUUGCGGUCCCGUCUCCGCCGAGAACGGCAGCCGAGAGGUCCUCGCCUCCUGCCACGACUACUCCCGCUUCCGUGGCUCUUCCGGCUACAAAUACAGUCUCCGCAGCUGCCGCUGCUGAUGCUUCCACAGUCACUAAUCCUGCUGGUGACCUAGCACCCCCAGCGGUCCUUGCUGACACUGCAACCCCAGCGGCCUUUGCUGACCCUGCAGCCCCAGCAGCAGCUGACCCUGCAGACCCAGCCGUCGCUGACCCUGCAGACCCAGCCGGCGCUCACCCAUCAGACCCAGCCGCCGCUGACCCUGCAGCCCCAGCCGGCGCUGACCCUGCAGACACAGCCUCCGCAGUCCCUGCAGACCCAGUCGGCGCUCACCCAGCAGACCCAGCCGCCGCAGACCCUGCUGACCCAGCCGCCGCAGACCCUGCAGACCCGGCCGCCGCAGACCCUGCAGACUCGGCCGUCGCCGACCCUGAGGACCCGGAAGACUCAGUCGCCGCCGCCGCCGUCCCAGCCGUCCCAGACGCCUCAGUCCCAGCCGUCGCAGGCACCCCCGUUCCUGCAGUCCCAGGCACCCCCGUUCCUGCAGUCCCAGGCGCCCCAGGCAUCCCUGUCCCAGGUGUCCUAGUCCCAGGUAUCCCAGGUGUCCCUGUCCCAGGUAUCACAGGUGUUCCUGGCCCAGGUGUCCCUAGUUUCCUGAUCCCAGGCAUCUCUGGCCCAGGUGUCCUAGUCCCAGGUGUCUCAGGUGUCCCGGUCCCAGGUAUCACAGGUGUCCCCGGCCCAGGUGUCUCUAGUUUCCUGAUCCCAGGUAUCCCAGGUAUUCCUGUUCCAGUUCCCUUUGACGUCUGGUCCCUUCCAGUCCCCAACCUUCCUGCACCCUUAGUCCCUUUGCCGCUUCUGGCUCAAGCACCAGCAGCACCCUCUGCCGACCCGGACCCCCCAGCAUCCGUUCCCGAUGCUAACCCAGCAGUGGGCGUGAAUAACACCGCUGAGGGGGGCAAGGUUCGUAGGGACGGCACCUCCGACAGCGACGAUGCUCGCGCUGAGGACGUCGCGAAGGGCGAAGCCAAGGAGGCUUCCACCACGACUACCCCAGCUACGGGUGCUGCAACCUCGGCCUUAUCCCUGGUCGACGUCGUCCGAGGCUGGGUUGAGAUUGGUUGCGGUCGCCUCGCUCCUGACAGAGCUCCCAGUCAUCCACCAGAUCUUUGGCCUCUUGCUGGCCGUCCACCCGGCUGGCCACCAGACACUCCGCUCCCGGUCGACCGUCCAACCGGCCGCCCACCAGACAUGUCACCCCUGAUCGGCUGUCCACCAGGCACUACGUCCCUGUUCGGCCGUCCACCAGACAUUCCGCUCCGGUUCGGCCCCGGCUGAAAUGCCCGCCUUGCCCUUGACCCCUCCACCCACCCUGUGGGGAAGUUUAUUUUUAAAAUGUUUUGAUGUUAAGGGCCGUCUGGAAUCCGGCCGUAAAAGGGGGGGUAAUGUCACGUUCCUGCGGAGCUCCGCUCCGGCCACGCCCCCUUCAGCUCACUAACUCUCCCAGCUGCACACUCAUCAGCUGCAUUCAGGUCCCCAAUCACACAAGCACAUACACCUGUUCCACUCUCUCGCCUCACUCACCAGCACCACGCUCAGUCACCAGAGUACUGAUCAUUCACACCUGUAUCCUCACUCACCUGCACCGUGUUUACACUCACCUGGUUCCUAAUCACCCACACCUGUCACAGCCCCUACAUAUACGUCACUCGCCCUUCACGCGGUGUCUGGUAUCGCACUUCAACGGAUACACAACCUCGGAUUUCCCGCGACUGGACUCUCAUGAGGAUUACCUACUCUACCGUUUUAGUUUGUAUAAGUUACGUCUAUCGCCUUAGUUCCCGUUUUGCGUAUCAUCCUAGUUAUUGUUUAGUUAGUACCUUGCCGAGUGUGACUCGUGUUUUGUUUGCCGCAGCGGCGUUUUCCUCAGUUCCCUCAAGUCCCAGCAGUGCUACGAGCCUGCGCCCCUCCGUGGGUUGUGACUGUGUUCUCAAGGAUUAACCCCUCAGCAUCUCCGUGUCUGCAACCUGUUGUCUGUCAUGUGUGUU